GAAUAAUAGAUCAUACAUAUUUGUAUAUCUAUACUUUACUGUAGUUGUCUGCAUAGUAUAAUAGUAUAGCACUAAAUACAUCUUACAAGUAAUACUAUUUAAUAGUUAGUAAACAAUAAUCAUGGCUUAUCCAAAUACAAUAUAUGGUUCAACUAAUCCUGAAACACAAAUAAGUCCAGAAGUGCAGCAAUGGUUUGGUGCUGUUGAUAGUGAUGGCAGUGGAAGAAUCACAGCUAUAGAAUUAAAAUCUGCAUUGGCAAAUGGACAAGGGAGUACAUUUUCAGAUACAGCUUGUACACUUAUGAUAGGAAUGUUUGACAAGGAAAAAAAUGGUACAAUAGAUUUAUUUGAGUUUCAAGCUCUUUAUAAUUAUAUUAAUGCAUGGCUAGGUGUCUUUCGUGGUUUUGAUCAUGAUAAUUCUGGAAGUAUACAAGAAAAUGAAUUAAGUGCAGCUUUAAUUCAAAUGGGAUAUAGACUAAGUCCAAAAUUCAUUUCAUUUUUAAUAAAAAAAAGUGAUCCUAUUAGUCAUUCUAGUAUCACUAUAGAUCAAUUUAUUGUAUUAUGUGUUCAAAUUCAGAGAUUUACAGAUGCUUUUCGAAUAAGAGAUAAUGAACAAACAGGAGUAAUCACUAUAGGAUUUGAAGAUUUUCUAGGAGUUGCACUUAAUUGUAGUGUAUAAUAAUUCUUUUAUUAAAUUUAUAAUUAUAUUUAUUUUGAAAUACAAAAAUUAGUAAUAACUUAUAUUACUAUAAGCUAUAUA